ACACUAAAAAUGAGAUGGCUCGACACUUGAGGGAGUACCAAGACCUGCUCAAUGUCAAGAUGGCCCUUGACAUUGAGAUAGCUGCCUACAGGAAGCUGCUGGAGGGAGAAGAGAACCUCUUCAACAUGGGAAGUGUCGGCCUUCCAGCACUCAAUUCCCUCCCCAGCCCCACUUACUCCUUCCAGCCAAGAAGCUAUAGUUCCUCCACUCUGUCCUUCAAGGAGGAGGAGCAAGGAGAGGUUAUUAAAGUGACCUCCAAAAUAUCAUCCAGCAGGGCUGAGGUGAUUGAGGGAACCAUAACCUCUGUUAAGAAAAGAGGGAGGUUAAACUUGCAUGGAGGCAUCAUUGCAAAUGCAAAAAUGUAACCAUUGGGACCCAGUUUAUAUGCAUUUGAGGGGGAACAGUCUCCACUCGGCCUUUAAAUAGCUCCUCUGGGCAUGAACCCACACUGUGCUCACAGGAAGCCCUCCUAGAAACACAAACCCCCUUGGGGACACCAACCCAGGAGUGGCUUCCUUGUGGGUCCUGUCACGCAGAGGCCGAGCUUGGCACAUUGCUCCCUUGUAAAUGGGGUGGAGGCACAGCAGGUAGCUAGAUGCAUGUUGGUUAUUGUGGUGGGGGCACGUGGACUCAUAGCACCCUCCCUGCCUCCUCCCCGGGGUGGGCAAGGGGGAAGCAGCUGGGACUGCUGCUGAGCCAGCACUUUGGGGAGGGGAGGGAAACAACUCAGUGUUUACUAUAACUAGUUUCAAGGCCACAGACCUUCAUUAACUAUCCAAAUCCAUGUACAGCUAAACUCUUCCCCACUGCUC